ACAAAAGUUGGCGCUGAACUCGGAGUAGGAGGGGGUGUCGUUCCCAGCCUCGUGGAGUCCCCGUCGGAAAGGACCCACGUCAGUCUGGAGGCUCGCGCUAACUCGUGCGGGCGACUGCCACAUCCCCGGUGUGGGAAAAUGCAUUCUUUUGUUGUUGGCGGAGACGGGCCCCUUCCGCAGCUCCCGGGCCAAGGCUAGCCAACGACCAGGAGAAAUAGAGUGGAAAAUGCAAAACAACGAAAUCAUUAAACCUGCCAAGUACUUCUCGGAGCUGGAGAAGAGCAUCCUGCUUGCCUUGGUGGAGAAGUACAAGUAUGUGCUGGAAUGCAAGAAGAGCGACGCACGGACUAUUGCUCUCAAGCAGCGGACCUGGCAGGCCUUGGCCCACGAGUACAACUCGCAGCCCAGCGUGUCGCUGCGGGACUUCAAACAGCUCAAGAAGUGCUGGGAGAACAUCAAGGCUCGGACCAAAAAAAUUAUGGCCCACGAGAGGCGGGAGAAGGUGAAGCGCAGCGGAAGCCCACUGCUGAGCAGCCACGUCCUGGACAAGGAGAAGAUCAGCAGCAUGCUGCCCGAGCAGCUGUACUUCCUUCAGAGCCCACCGGAGGAGGAGCCCGAGUACCACCAGGAUACGGCCGCCCAAGAGUCCUUUGCUGCUUCUAAUCGAGAACUGUGUGAGGAUGAGAAAGAGUUCGGGCAUUUUCCGGUCUGUGAGGGAACCUCACAACCCGAACCUUCGUGCUCAGCCGUCAGAAUAACCGCCAAUAAAAACUACAGGAGCAAAACCCCUCAGGAAGGUGCUUUAAAGAAGAUGCACGAGGAAGAACAUCACCAACAGAUGUCCAUCCUCCAGCUGCAGCUGAUCCAAAUGAAUGAGGUGCACGUGGCCAAAAUCCAGCAGAUAGAGCGCGAGUGCGAGAUGGCCGAGGAGGAGCACAGGAUCAAAAUGGAAGUCCUCAAUAAAAAGAAGAUGUACUGGGAGAGGAAGCUGCAGACGUUUACCAAGGAGUGGCCCGUCUCCUCCUUUAACCGGCCCUUUCCCAAUUCACCCUAAGACUUGGGGAUGGCUCCCUUGUAGUUAAUCUGUGUUGGCAAGGCGAGUGUGGGGUGUGGCCUUUGUGGUCACUAGCCUGCAACAGACCUGCGUCUAGGUGGAUUAGAGUGGUAGUAGUCACUUAUUUAAGGAUACAUUCAGGUAAACAGCUGCACCCCGUCUACCCCCGAGGUGGCCAAGAAGCUGUUACAGUCUUCUAAAAGUCACCACUAUGCGUGCUAUAAUUCUGAAUGUAACGUUCUUAAUUAGAAUUCAUAGACGAACCAUGUGUGAGUGUUGUAUUUUUCUUUUUCUUUUUUCUUUUUUUUUUAAGAAAUGCAAGAUAAAGGAGUGUGGCUGGAUUUUGACUUUAUCCUUUAGUGGGUUUUUGUUCAUUUGUUUUUCAGAUGACUGGAGCUUUUACACCCAGGUAGCCCACCCCAUUGUGUGGCUGGGUGCUUGGCUGUUUCCCCACCUCGGGAGUGUACUAGGAGUGUGGCCGUUUGACGAGCCGAGCCUUUGGAGGGGUGUUUCCUCAUGUGGGUCACACACUGCCUUUUAAGACUUUCCCCAGACAGGCUUUCCAACCAACCAUGUCUCCAGCAGAGGCAGCUUCAGUACAAAUUAAGAACUUUGAGGGCUUAAUGUUCAUUUAGGUUCCUACAUCCUGUUUGUUUUAUUAAAAAUGUCUUAAAAUUUUAUAGUUACACUGUGUAUGUUUUUAAAGGUGCUGCCAUCCCAGCCCAGAUCCCUCCCAACUUCUUACUGCUGAGCAAAUGGUUGUCUUGACUUUAGUCUCUAACCCCUUAGGAGAGGUGCCGUCCUCGCUGUGCUCAUCAAGGUGUGAGCUGAUGAUAAUGCUGGUGCUGCACCACCCAUCAGGGUUAGUAUUUAUACCCAGCUGUCACCAACAUGUUUGGAGAUGCAGAUGCAUAAAAGGGUGUUUUGAUUGAGCUUUGCUACUUCUGCUGUAGCCUGAUGUUUAAAAAGUUUUUUUAAGAGUUGGGGGUAGUAAGUAGCUGGAAGCAACAGAAAGACCCUUAAGUGCCAAGGCAGAUGAACAGUACAGUGAGUUCUGUAUUGGGGGGUGGGUGGAGGAGUAACAGUCAGAGCUGGUGUUCUAAGUGUGGCUCUGCCAGGUGCUGUGUGACUCUCGCCAACUCCCUAAAACCUUGACCCGGUGCUUCCUGUCCACAGAAUGAGGGAGUUGAGCCAGACAUUUGGAGCCUGCUUCAGCUCCGUAGCUACAGCGUGGCUUGUGCCGCCUUCUGUGCAUACUGCUGACAUCCUGGGUCUACACAGAGUUGUCUCCAGGAGUGGCUGAGCUUUGGAAUAUGGGUCCCAGGGCCUGUUAGGUUUUGUAUGGUUCACACAAACUCUCUAUUUGCGUGCUGCAUAUGAUGUAAGCAGAUAUCAAUUUUGUACAUUGAAUCUAUUUUAAAUAUUUUAGAGGAAUUAGUCCAUUAUUUUAGAUACAUCCUGCAAUGAGAGAUGAGAGGUAGGAUCCUGUCAUGGGGGUUUCUGUUCUUAGUUUUUAUCAGAUGGAGUCUUUAGAGAAUGAAUGGUUUGGAAGUCUCAAGUUCAGAUGGUAUGCAGAAGAUAGAAAUGGGCUCCCUAUGGCCUGCUUCAGGAUCGAGACAGGGACGGACAACAUACAUUUAGAUGCAGAGGGCUGCCUUUGCCUCACGUACUGAUCUAUCCAAACAUCGUAUUAAUAUGCACAUCCAGAGUAAGGCGUGAGAUUCUGUUCUGACAAGCUUCCGGAUUAUGCCUGAUUUGAUCCUCUGCUCAACACAUCUCUGAGUGACAAGGACUUAAAGGGACCUUAGGAAGUCUCCCAUCUUUUGUAUACAUCGAUGUGGAGGUUCUAAUUUUCUAAGAAUUUAUGACUUACACUCACAAACAGCAACACAGAAUAACAAAAAUGGCAAUGCAUUUUAAUUGAACAAUAAAAGCAUUGAACUAAUUCCUAACUGAACAAAUACAGGAUAAUUAAGCCAGAGCAUAAAGCCCCUAAUGGUAUUUAUGAGUUUACAAUAGUAGUUUGCAAUAUUUGGCUAUGUGUUAGAAAUAAUAUUUUAUAAAUAAUUAGUCCCACUGGGUCUCACUUCCAGAGGGUUCUGAGUCAGUUGGUUUGGGGCGGGGCUUGUUACUCAGUAUUUUUGGAAGCUUUAUAGGUAAUUAUGAUGCAUAGUUAAGAUUGAGAGCCACUUUGUGCGGUUUACGAAUGUAUUUCAGUUGAUCCUUAAUUCCACAAAGCCAUGGAGGAGUAAGGAAUUGAUGCUCAGAGAAUAAGGAUGUUCAGAGGAGAGCCCACCUGGCACCAGGCCUGUAGCCAGUACAUAGCAAAGGAGAGCUUUAGGGUCGAGCUUAGUUCUGAGAUGCACAGCCCCACCUGCUAUGUAUCUUUACCCUUUAGUUUGAGGCUGUACCAAGGAUGUAUUUUAUUCUGAGACUCAGAUGAUGUUACAGAGUGCUUGCCGAAGCAGCUUCAUUCAUGAACAGACAGCACAUCCCAAUUCAUUUUGCUUUUGAGCCUUUUAUUUCCUGAGGUAGAAAUGCAAUAACCAUUUCUUGACAGGAAUUGUGAGCCAGAUACACAUAAAAAAUAUUAAGACAUGAUUCAACACCAUGGACAUUGCCCGGGGGGGAGGAGGGAGGGGCCUGUACACAGCUGACUAUAGAUUCAGCCAGUACACAUCUUCAAAUGUUCUUUUAGUUGAGGGCACAGAACUAAGAAAAGUGAAGAAAGAAAUGCUAGAAUUGUGGCGUUUGAAUUGAGUCUGUAGAGCUGACAUUUUGGCAGGUAGGGGUUUGGAAGAGAAUGUCACUAGAUGGCACACAGAUGGGAGAAUAGUGAACUACAGGGGAAUUUUCAAAUCUGAUUGGAACUGUUCACCAGGAGGGAAAUUAGAAGCUGGAGCCAAGGGGCAAGGAGUUGGGGUGACAGAUAGGUGGCUUUGGCUUUGGGCAGAUAAGAUGACAGGACCCAGAGGAGUCGUGAAAGGAGACCAGCGUCCUGACUAAGGUGGAUUCAGAGCUGCUUUGUUGAUUGUUUUUGUUAGAGAGGAGUUGAAGAAGUUCAAAGCUAGACUUGGGAGAACAAUACUGAUAAUAAUACUGAGAUGAAGAUGCAAAUGCCCUCUGGGAUAUUUGACCUGUCCUCCCCAUGCCUAAGCACACACACUAGUAUUUGUUCCCAGUUCUUUGUCUAUCACGUCUGCAGUGACUUCCUCCUUGUCACCUGCCAUUGUUCCUUCCACCUGUUCACUUGAACUGGCCUUAUUCGGUCCCUGGUCACCCAACUUAUUUGGCACUGCCUCUGUCACCAGUUCCUCCACUGCCAUCAGGGGCACCUCAUUCAGUAUCUUCUACUUUGGGUUGCACAAGACGACCUGAGGAGCUUUGGGGUUUUGUUUGUUUGUUUGAUUGAUUUUGUUUUUAUCCCAUGUUGAAUAACAAAUCCCUGGCUGGAAAAGAUUAAUGACUUCCAUGUAUGCAUAUCACAGCUCCUUUUAAAAAUCAAAUAUGGGAUCCUGCCCAGUGGGUCCAUGGCUUAGGAAUGUUUCAAGGGGGAUGCCAGGACAAUCUUCAGAUGGCAUUUUCUUCUUGGUUCCGCUUCAGGAGGCAGAGCUGGCAUGGUAGGAGAGUACAUUUGAGUUGUCAACAGUCCCUGCAGUGUCAGGUCAAUUACAUCAGCACUUGGUCCAGACCAGAGGAAAGGAAUGAUUGUGCCUCCUGGGAAUGUCACAAGGACCUGAUAAUUAUAUUUGGCAAAGCUAUGAGGAGUGGCUCUCUAAUGUCAUCGCUAAGGAUUACCCUUUUAGUAGCAUCUCUGGACUGCCUGAGCUUUUCAGAGGGGUGGUACUUCAUUUCUGUGCCUUCCCCUCCCCAAUGUUGGGCCUCUUGAUCCUCUUGCUCCUCCCUGCCCUUGCUAGCUAUCUAUAUUCUCUUGUCUUCCCUCCAAACCCCAUCCCCACUCCUAACCUCCCCCCCAGCCCCUCUUCUGCCCUCACCAUAGCUUUCACUCUCCCAUGGUAGAGGUGGAAGGUGUGGAUGCUGGUCCUGCAGAUGCUCUGAGGGCAGCUCCCUCCGCACCCCAGGCAGUCUCAGGACAGAUCAGUUGAUUUAUUUCCAUGCUGCAGUCGCUACCUUCGUGUUCGUGGGACUCAAGAGUCAUGGGAAAGGUGACCAGGAACCUGUGACAGCAACCACUUCUUUCCCAAUUGUGCCAUAUAUUAUGCUCUUCCACACAGUUUACUAAUCUCUGCCUCAGUUUCUCCAUCUGUAAGUGAUGUAAUACUUAUCUACCUCCCUUGGAUGUUGUGAAGAUUAGUAUGUGUUGGUAAAGCACUUCUGAAAUAAAGAAUGAUACCAAGCACUUGA